GCCCUGGUUGUUUUCUGGCCUCCCGUUGAAAACCGACUGACUGCUCUCUCCGCCAAACCCUCCCGGCCUCCACCCACCUCGUCCCGGCAGCCCAGGAUCGACUUCGCACUCGACUCGCCGCCUGACCUAUCCGCCAAGAUGCUGGGCUCGCUCUACGGGUAUCCGGGGGGGACUUGCUCCAUGUGGUCCUUUGCCCACAGCCGCGCCGACCUCUACUUUCUCAUCCAGCCCCCGCACUCGUAUCUCCAGAGCGGUCUCACUGGCGGCAAGCUCCGCCACGAUAUCCUCACCUAUCUCCACAUUGACCCAGCAGGCAUCUUCACCGUCACCCAGGCCGUCUGUUCCAUCUUGAAGCGCAUCGGUAUCAGCAAGGCAGUAGCAAAACUCCGCAUCUUCCACAGCAAAUCGCAAAAGGGCAAGUCGUCGUCAUCAUCUUCUAUUUCUUCGUCGCACGAAACCAAGGCAGACAAGCAGGCAAAGGUCGCCAAACCAUCUUCAAAGCACAAAGCGACCACCGCAGCCACUUCAGCCGCAGCAGCACAGGACAAAAUCGCCAAGGAAGAAAAAAGGGCCGCCAGAGAGGAAGAAAAGAAGGCUGCCGAGGAGAAGAAGAAGGCGGCCAAGGAAGAGAAGAAGGCCGCAAAGGAGCACAAAAAGGCAGCCAAGAAGGCCGAAAAGUCCAAGGAAAAGCACAAUGUAGGCGCCGUCGAGGACCUCGCCAGGGGUUUCUUCGGCUUCGCCGCCGGCGGCAACACCAACAACAACAACGACGACAACACCAGCACCGUCAGCAACAAGUCUAGAGCUUCCGUCUCCGUGGUAUCAGAUAAGAACGCCUCCGUUCGUGCCCCGCCCUCCAAGACUGAGGAGGAGGCAACUGCCGCCGCCGCCGCCUCCGCCGCCAAGUCCCACAAGUCAGCUAAGUCGACAAAGCCCGCUGGCACGAGCUUUUUCGGAUUCUCUACCAGCAAGGAGGACAAGCCCGCCACCAAGUCCACUCUGGAGCCACGUGUCUUGAGUGAGGAGGCGAUGCGGGCACUCGUCGAAGAGCUGCCUUCCAACAAGCUCUUCAAGUCUGUCAAUGACAAGCCUGGGGAGGACUCCGAAGAUGAGGAGGAGAAGGAGGCGGCUAAGCUCAAGAAGGCUGAGGAGAAGGAGCGCAAGGAGAAGGAAAGGGCUGAGCGUAAGGAGAAGGAGAGGCUAGAGAAGGAGAAGGCCGAGAAGAAGGAGAAGGAGCGGCAGGAACGUAAGGAGCGGGAGAAGGCUGAGAAGAAGGAGAAGGAGAGACAGGAGAAGGCUGAGCAGGAGAGACUGGAGAAGGAGAAGGCCGAGCGCAAGGAGCGAGAGAAGCAGGAGCGCAAGGAGCAAGAGAGGCUCGAGAAGCUUGAGGCUGAGAGGAAGGAGAAGGAGAGGCAAGAGAAGAAGGAGAGAGAGCGGGCUAUCAGAAAGGAGCAGGAACGCGCCGAGAAGGAGAAGGAGGAGCAAGAGCGUCUUGAGAGACAAGAGAAGGAGAGGGCCGAGCGCGAGAGGCAUGAGAGACACCAGCGCGAGCGCGAGAUCCGCAAGGAGCAGGAGCGCGCCGAGAGAAAGGAGCGUGAGCGGAAAGAGCGCAAGGAGCGUGGAGGAGAUAGCGACACCGAAAGCAUCAUGUCCGAGAGGCGCAAGCACCAGCGGAGGUCAGACGACACGGAGAGCAUCAUGUCCGGGAUGAGCAGCUACUCAUCCAGCCACCGGCGGGACCGGGCUGGCAGCGACGUUGAAAGUGUCCUAUCCGGAACUUCGAGAACGCCAAAGCACUCGUCCAGCCACUACCCGCCUCCGGCCUCUUCGAGCCACAGCCACUCUGCGCAUGGUCACCACAGUAGCAGGAGAGAUCCAUCAAGCACACGCUCCCACCGGAGGGACAGGGACACGAGCGACGUAGAGAGUACUCUGUCCGCCCCUGCCAGGUCAAAGCGGUCCUCCAGCCGUGCGCACAGGAGCGAGAGAGGCGAGGAUGGCCACUCCAGCAGCCACAGGCGUGACCGGGACACCAGUGAUGUCGAGAGCAUGCUGUCUGGAGUCUCGCGGUCCAAACGGUCUUCCAGCCGGGCUCACAGGAGCGAGCGGGAUGCGGAGCGCAGCCACCGACGGGACCGAGACACCAGCGACGUUGAGAGCGUGCUCUCCGGAACUACGUCUCGGUCCAAGCGGUCCUCUAGCAAGGCCCGCCGCUCAGAAAAGGAAGGCGAGCGCAGCCACAGGCGGGACAGGGACACCAGUGACGUUGAGAGCAUGCUGUCCGGAGUGUCCAGGUCGAAGAGGUCGUCCAGCCGGGCACACAGGACCGAGAGGGAAAGCGACAGCCAUUCGACCAGCCACCGGAGGGACCGGGCGACGUCCGACGUUGAGAGCAUGCGGUCUGGAUCGUCGAGGACAAAGAUUUCCAACGCCCACGGCGGUCACCGCCAGGAGGGCAGCCUCGACAGCAUCCUGGCCUCCAUGUCAACGACAAGCCUGCAGUCGGACGCGGAGAGCAUCAUGUCUGAGCGGCGGCGGCUGCGGCGGGCGCAGCGGGAUGCCGACGCCGACGCCGAGAGCGUCGUGUCGUGGGGCAGCGGCCGGCACUCUGGCAACUCGGGCCUCUCGUCCAUCUCCUCGGGCCUCAGCAACCUCAGCCAGCACAGCCUGAGGAAGGAGAGCCGCCACAUUUCCAGGAACGAUUAGAUACCACCACUUUUUAAUAGAUUUGCUAUGCCUUGAUGAGUAAUGAAUCUUCACUCUGGUCUUUUUAUCCAG